UGAACACACCUUAACAACUCUCUAUACCUGAAGCCUGUGGUUUUUGCGGCGUUCUUGCGAUAUUUUCAUCAAACAUUUGCAAAAGUUAUUAGUUUUAUAAACAAAAUUCGCAAGAAAAUCUGCCGCAUCAACAACAAUCAAAAUAUCAGGAAGAUUUUACAGUGCACAUGUUUGCAAAAAAGGGUGUACUAAUUGCUGUAGACAUCGAAAGAAUUUCUCAAAAAUAGCACAAAAAGCACUGCUAAUUCAGACCUAUUAGAUGAAAGAAAUUUGGUCGUUUUUCUUCAUGUAAAAAUCAUUGAAUGUGCAGACGCUGCUGUCUUUUUAACACGGAGAAGCUGAUCUGCAUCAAAUGAAUCGAUAAAUAAUCUAGACUAAGGAAAUCACGGCGUAUGUAAUUGGAAGUGAGGGCAGAGAAGCUUUUCUUUCAAACAAGUUGCUAUUUUUUAAACUGACUGAUUUUUAUUUUUAAUUUUAUCAAAUCUGGAUAUUUCCAUACGACAGUAAUUUAAAUGGGCAAAGGCAAAAAAGAUACAAAACCUAUUUGUCUAAGUGAACAAAAUGACGGAGACAAAUCUAUAAACGACAAGGAGAACUCAAUAGGCGCGGAAACAACGCCACAGGUCAGCCUGACUUUAAAGGUGCGGAAGGAUUUAGCAAAAGACGAGGUAUUGGAGGAUGAGAAUUCAAAUGAUAGCCAUACCAGUACAAAUUCAAAUACCAAUAAAUCAUCCACCUCCAGUACCUCAGCUACAAAAAAAGAUAACAGCACAAACGACAUAAAGUCGACGGAUGACAAGGAUUCCGCUAAAACAGAUUCUACAGAAACACAAUUCCGCAUUGCCUCCAAUAAUACAACAGAAUUUAAAUUACGCAUUGUACCUCUAGAAAAAUUGCUUGAAAGGCCUCCAACAAAAUCAACCGCAGAAUCAGUCAUUCCUUUAAACAAAACCAACAAGGAUAAGAAAAAGGAUUCGCCCAAGGAAACAAGUAGGCGUUCGUCACAAAGAAGGGCAAAACCCAUAUCAUUUAUUGAAUUAUCAGACAGCGAAGAAGAGUCUGAAUUGGUGAUUUCAUCUUCAGAAUCGGAAAGCAAUAAGAAGAGUAAAAAAUCCGAGGCUUUAAAAAAGAAAAAUACAAAAAAAGCUACUGAUUCUGACGAGGAAAAUUUAGAUUCGGAGAAAGAAUCAUCCAGCCGCGCAAGAAGCACUAAAAGUAAAACGAAUAAAAAAUCCAAAAAAUCUUCAUCUUCAGAAUCGGAAGAAGAAAAGCCUUCUGAAGAGGAAUUGAAGUCGAACAAAAAAACACCUUCUAGCGAUAAGGGAAAAACUAGUGCCGAAAAGGUUAAGAAGACCUUAGCAUCCAAAGAUAGUUCCGAAUCUGAAGACGACAGCAAGCGGACAAAUAAAUCUAAAAGAAAACGUUCAUCAGAUUCAGUUUCAGCGGGUUCUAAAAGAAAGGCGUCACAGAAAAGUAAAGAUUCGGAUACUGAAGAAGAGGAGGAACCUGUUAAAAAAUCAACAUCCAUUAAAAAGGCAAAUAAAAAAGAAAAAUCCAGGCCAAAAGAAAACACAGCACCGCCACCACCUCCCUCCUCGGUAAGGCGCUGUGUGGUACGUUUGAAACGUUGCAAGCUUUCUGAUUUCAAGGAUCUUAAGAGUACAUCGAAACGUAAAAUGAAUGGUGGUGGAUCACGUUCCGAAAAGCCCUCAACAUCAUCUGCCCGCCGAAGAAAUAUCAUAUCAGACGAAGAUUCUGAUGUUAGUUACAAAAGAUCUGGCAAUAUUGAUGAGCGUUUAGCCGACCAUGAUUACGAUGGCCAUGACUUAGACGAUGAUGACGAUAACCAGAGCCAAAAAAGUAGUGAUAGUGAAGUUAUACCAACACGUAAACGUAGAGUUUUCCAAAAAAGCAAAAAUGAAGAAUCAAAUGCCUCAGAUUCGGACUUCGAGCCCAAACGUAAAGAUAAGAAGAAAAAGCGUCGCAUUCAGCGCAAUUCAAGCGGGGAUUCAGACGACGAUGAGGAUGGAAAAAAGAAAAAUGUAAAACGUAAAGAUAUACGAAAAAUUAUUAAGAGCGAUGACCUAAAUCUAAGCACAAAAGAAGCGGCAAAGGAGGAAGAAGAGCGCCGCAAACGUAUAGAAGAACGCCAAAAGAUUUACAAUCAAAUCUAUGAAAAGCCUGAAAGUGCUGAAGUUACCGAACUUGUGCUUGACUUUGAUCCGGAUACCCAAAAGGCAAUUCUGGAGGUUGACAAAGGGUUGGUGAAGAAACUCAAACCUCAUCAAGUAACAGGUGUCAAAUUCAUGUGGGAUGCCUGCUUUGAAACUGUUAAAGAUGCCCAAGAAAAACCAGGUUCUGGUUGUAUAUUGGCGCACUGUAUGGGUCUGGGGAAAACUAUGCAAAUUUGUACGCUAUCACACACUUUGCUGGCCAAUUCCAACAAAACCAAUGUUGAGAGAGUUUUGAUCAUUUCACCCCUUAGUACACUCAAUAACUGGGCUAGGGAAUUUAAACAGUGGAUUGGCUUUACAAAGAAACGCAACAUUGAGAUCUACGACAUGUCCAAAUAUAAAGACAAAGCAACGCGAAUUUUCAAAUUAAAUGAAUGGUUUGAAGAAGGUGGUGUCUGUAUCAUGGGCUAUGAUAUGUAUCGCAUAUUGUCAAAUGAAAAAGCCAAAGGUCUGCGCAAAAAGCAACGGGAGCAGUUGCUGCAAUCACUGGUGGAUCCCGGACCUGAUAUGGUUGUUUGUGAUGAGGGGCAUUUAUUGAAGAACGAAAAGACCUCGAUUAGCAAGGCAGUGACACGCAUGCGCACAAAGAGGCGUAUUGUCCUGACCGGUACGCCUUUGCAGAAUAAUCUCAAAGAAUACUAUUGCAUGAUCCAAUUUAUCAAACCAAACCUUUUGGGCACGUACAAGGAAUAUCUAAAUCGUUUUGUAAAUCCCAUUUCGAAUGGACAGUAUACUGACUCAACAGAUCGGGACAUACGUCUAAUGAAACAUCGUUCUCAUAUCUUACACAAACUGCUUGAGGGUUGUAUUCAACGACGUGAUUAUUCGGUGCUGGCGCCGUAUUUGCCACCUAAACAUGAAUACGUGGUGUAUACCACACUCUCAGAUUUGCAACAGUUGCUCUACGAACACUACAUGGUACAUCAGCGAGAUCAAAGCACAAAUGUAGAAGGUAAAGGCGCCAAGUUGUUUCAAGAUUUCCAAGAACUGCGACGCAUAUGGACUCAUCCCAUGAAUAUGCGCAUAAACAGUGACUCUGUAAUACGAAAACGAGCAGUGGCAGAUGAAAAUGAAUCUAUAGACGAUUUCAUAUGUGAUGAUGACAACGAAGAAGAGGCUGCCUCAACAUCUGAUAGCUCAGAUGAGAACUCAAUUAAAUCGUUUGGCAGUGGUGGCGUUGGGCCAGCAACCGGAUCUGGAAAAGUUACCAGGACUCGCAACAAUCGUCGCCUUGCCAAAGAAGCGGGUGAAGAUAUUGAUAGUGAUAUUGAAGAGGUUGCGCCACCGCCACAGGAUGAUCCAUCUGAAUGGUGGAAACGUUUUGUUGCCGACAAGGAGCUAAAUAAUAUAAAUCAUUCCCCAAAGUUGGUAUUGCUAAUGCGUCUAUUGGAACAGUGUGAAGCUAUUGGCGAUAAAUUAUUGGUAUUUUCACAAUCCCUUCAAAGUUUGGAUACAAUUGAACAUUUUCUGUCGUUGGUCGAUAGUAAAACACGAGGUUACGAGUAUGAGGGUGACGUUGGAGAAUUCCGUGGCUUUUGGACCCCAGGUACAGAUUAUUUCCGUUUGGAUGGAUCAUGUUCGGUGGAAAAUCGUGAAUCAAUGUGUAAGAAAUUCAAUGAUAGUACCAAUCUACGAGCACGCCUCUUCCUAAUCUCAACACGAGCCGGUGGUCUUGGUAUCAACUUAGUAUCCGCUAAUCGUGUAGUUAUUUUUGAUGUGUCUUGGAAUCCAUCCCAUGAUACCCAAAGUAUUUUCCGUGUUUAUCGUUUUGGUCAGGACAAACCAUGUUAUAUCUAUCGAUUGAUUGCAAUGGGUACCAUGGAACAGAAACUCUACGAACGUCAAGUGGCGAAACAGGCCACCGCCAAACGUGUUAUUGAUGAACAACAAAUAUCACGUCAUUAUAAUCAAUCUGAUCUACAAGAACUCUAUACGUAUGAAUUAAAACCAAGUACUCCCCGUGAGAUACCAAUAUUGCCUAAAGAUCGACUAUUUGCUGAACUAUUGACACAACAUGAAAGUCUAUUGUUUAAAUAUCACGAACACGAUUCUUUGUUAGAGAAUGAGGAAAGUGAAAACCUAAGUGCUGAGGAGCGCAAGGCAGCAUGGUCAGAAUAUGAAGCUGAAAAGACACGUACCAUACAGACCGCUCAAUACAUGUCAUACGAUAGAACAGCAUAUGGUCAAUUUGGUAACAGUUCGGGCAGUGUUACAUCGAAUAAGAUCUUUGGUUUUCGUUCAGAUGUUCUGUUACAGUUACUCAAUUUAAAGAUAUCCAAGGAUCAUCCGGAAAUGACACAAAAUCAAGUGAUACAGGCAGUACCGACCUACUUGAAUCUACUCUAUAGUCAAAUGAACAAUGGUGAUCCCACAAUGUAUAAAGAUUUGUUGGCAAUACAUGCAACUCUGGCACAUCCCAGUGGCAUGUAUAUGAAUCCAUUGUUGUAUGUUAAUCAAAAUCCCUUGGCAGCAGGUUAUUAUCAAGCAGGAACAGCACCACCUGCAGCAGCUAAUGGUGCAGUGGUUGUUGGUGGCCCUGCCACUGCCGUGGCACAACCCGCAACAACAAAUCCAGCACCAUCUGUUGGUUUUGAUCCAAAUGAAGUUUAUGAAAUUGAUUAAUUAGAAAGUAAUUCUCUGCUGUCCGGAGAAAAACCAUUAAAUAAGUAACACUAUUUUAGACUAGGGAACAGUUUAUUGACUUUUUAAGGAGAACGAGAAAAUAUUAAUUUUUAUAAGUUUUCAGUUUUGAUUUCUAUUAUUAUUCAUUACAAUUUCAUGUUGUUUUCCUGUUUCCCAAAAAAAGAGAAAAAGUAAUUCCUUCCACACAAAAAAGUUCCCAUUAAUAUGUGAUUAUUUUUAUAUAUAUGUAUUUUUCUGAUAUAAAAAACAAGAUUCGUAGGCAAGGGUGAAGAGAUUAAACGAUUCGAUUUAAACAUUUGUUUAGAUUUACAAAUUUGAUUAGAAUUAUGCCAAUCCUCUUAAAUUGUACAUCCUUCAUUUUAGAGGGAAUAUCUGAAAGGUCUUAUGAUUUGAUCUACACAUGUUUUUUUUAAACGAAAAAUCAAAUGUUAAUUGGUUAGACAUUAAGUUGCAUCUAAUAAGAAAAACUAGAAAAGUGUAAACACGUUUUUCAAUGUACCUAAAUUCCCAGAGCAAAUUGAAUUUAUUACUUAUUGGUUGUUGGAAUCAAAUUUUUAAGUUAUAUUAAAUGUGUAUUAAAAUCUUAUUCUAAUUUAAAAUAAUUUUUGUUUGAAUAAUUUCGUUUAAUCUCUGCAUUCAGUAUAUAGUUAUUUUUCAUUUUAGAUUCCCUCUUCCUUUUGUUCUAUAAAGGCCUUAUUUUUCUAACUUAAUUUUUCAGUUUGGCGUCACUAAUUGCCUUUUCAGAGAAAACGUUUUUUGAAGAAUUUCAAAUAGAAUUCGAAAAUUGAUAAUAAUUACUUUUGAAAUUGUUUUGAGAUUUGAUAAAAGAAGUGUGAUUGUAUAUUUGAAAAUAUUUUCAAUUAAAUAUUUUUAGCGAACAGACCCAUAAUCAGAUAUGCUUUUAUCAAAUAUUUUUUAGAUAUAUUGCAGGAGCCAUUUAGAACUUUCUUUUCCAAAGUUUGCAGCCAAGUGUUAUGAAACAAAAAGGUGGCUCAAGCAAACAUUUUACUUUGGGAUAAGAGAAUACACGGGAACAAUGAUUAAGUACAACAUGUACAUGAAGAUGUUUCCAGAAGACUAUCUUGCCGAACUUCCAACAAUUUGUUAACUUUGGAAAUCCCCUUUCUGAAAUUCCAACAACUUUAAGACACAAAAAUGUUUUUGUUAGAUUUUUUUUUCAGUUUUAAUGAAAUUCAUUCUUGUUUAGAUUCUUGAAUGCUUUUAGAUUUUCUCUUGGCGUUUUACAAAAUAUCGUUAUCGCAUAUUUUGUUUAAAAAAUAUUUCAAUAUCAAGCCAAAUUUACUCUGCAAACAAUCAUUAAGGUAGCCAAUAAUUGAAAAUCUAAGAAAUAUUUCAAUUAAAAGCGAUUUAAAUGAAACAAUUCAAAAAAUGUACCUCUGAAAAGGUAUGUAUCAUUUCAUAGUAUUUUUCACAAUUCACCCUUAACCCAAUCGAUCUUUUUUAUCAUUACACCGAUCUAUCAUCAAUCAUUUAACACACACACAAAAAUUAAACAUAUUCAUAAAAUAAGUAACAUAACUGAUUUUACUUAUAUUAAAAUAACCAACAGUUUUUUUUAAGUUGACCUUUUUUAGAAGCUAAUCUCUGUUUCAUAUAGCAGUAGUGAUAUCUUUAAUGUAUACCUAUAUUUAUAAAUAUAUAUAUUUUUGUUUAUAUAUGAUUACCUUUGAUUACACAUUAAAAAAGAGAAGAAAAACAAAAAACAAAAGAAGAGAAAAAUCUCUUUAAAAUAAUAUUAAUUUAAUCUCGUGUUUUAAGCAAAACUAAAAACAAACAAAAAAGAAACUUUAAAUCAUAAACUAAACAUAAUAUACCCAGGAACAACCAACAACAUAAAUCCAAAAUAGUAAAGCGAUGUGUCCUUCAAAAGGGAUGAAGAAAUUAUAAUAAUAAUAAAAUAUUAACACUGAAGCUAUUAACAAAUGAUUUAGUUCACCUCUUAAGAAAAUAAGUUAUAUAUAUAAAUAUACAUGAAAUGCAACAAUAACAAUAUAUAAACAUAACACUGAUAUCACACACACACAUCCAAAAGAAAUACACUUAUAAAUUAUUUUAAAGACCGAAUAAAAUGGAAAAAUUAAAAUAAUAUUAAAGGAAUUCACGAAAAACAAAAUAAGCGAAUAAAAACAAAACACCCCCAUAACAAAGCGACACCAGAAUCAUUUAGAAAUAAUAAAACAAGACAUAUAAAA